CGCCUGGCGACUCUGAAAUGGGAAAUCAAAAAACCUUAGAUAUAGAAAUAAGAUAUGACUUAGUUGAUACCCUCGUAUCUGGGCAAGAUGUAAUCAUAACGGGUAUACUUAAAAUGCGUUCAUUAAUCGACGAACAAAAUACAUAUCCCAAUUCCGCUGAGCCUGCGUGUAAAAUCUAUAUGAAAGCAGCCUCCAUAAUAGAUGCAAAGAAGUUGGGCCACAACUUUACUCAACGUGAUCUCGACGCAAUUUCAAUGAUAAACUCAGAACCAGACAGUUUUAAGCUUCUGGCACAUUCCGUGGCGCCAGAGCUGCAUGGCGAAGAGUUGGUGAAAGCAGGUGUGUUACUAUCACUUUUUGGUGGUGCUGGCUCACAAAUACACAAUGAUUCAGAGAUUAAUGUGCUAUUGGUUGGCGAUCCGGGCAUUGGCAAAUCACAUUUACUAGAAAUGAGUGCAAAAGUUUCGCAGAGAGGUACGCUGCUCAGUGGCAAACGUUGUUCGCCUUCUACGCAAUCAUUAACCACAACGCUUCAAGGCCGCACAAAUCACAUUGUCAACUCUGGCGCGCUUAUUACUUCCAAAACUGGCCAUUGUGCAAUCGAUGAUCUUGAUCGUUUAGCUUCACAGCAAGACAUUCUAUUGCAAUUGAUGCAAUGUAAAACUGUUUCAUUACCAUUGCCUAAUAUAUAUACAACUAUUGCGAUGCCCACGUCCGUUAUUGCUGCUGCCAACUCACUGCGUGGUCAUUACGAUCGUUCACGGCUACUGACAGAAAAUACACGUUUGAACAAUUCAUUGCUGCAGCAAUUUCACUUAAUAUUUUUGCUAUUAGACAAGUCCAAUAAAGAUUUGGAUACGUCUUUAACGGAACACAUCAAAGCAAUGCAUGAUGGCGUAAAGAAAAGCUCUGCGAUUGCUUCACGGUUCGCUAUGAAACCAAAAGGAAAUAAUUCAAUGAAUAUUACCAUCAGCGAUGAUGAACUGGACGAUGACAAUUAUGAUUUGAGUGAUCGUUUAAAAUUAAAAUAUAUAGAAUUUGAAGAGGAGAAAUUGGAUUUACUGCCACCAAUAUUAUUGAAGAAGUUUAUCGCAUAUGCUCGCCAACAUAUGCGUCCAUUAUUAAGUGCUGAGUCUGCCGAAACUUUAAAAUCCUUUUAUAUGGGUUUGCGAGAGAAAGGAGAUGAAGAAAAUCGUUGCACUGUGAGUACAAGGUAAGUACACAUUUUAAUUAGAACACUGCUUGUUUGAAUUGUAAUAUAUUUUUUACUUGAUAUGGAAGUGAGCUUAUGUUUUUUUUUAUUUAGUUACUAUAUUUAUGAUAGUUCUGUAAAGCUAACGGAGAUCGGAGAGCCAACUUCAACGGCAACUUGUCUCCCAGCUAUCACCCUUCUCGGUGGAUAAUUUCAGGAGCUGAAAGUCCUUCCAAAAAGGCUGCGAGAGUCAAGAGACUUUCUUCUUUUCAUUUCUUUCCCCUUUCUUUUUGGUAUGAAGUUAUACACAUUUCUUUCCUACCCAUUAUAAGUACUUUUGUCGGGCGCAUUUUAAAACGCCUUUUGGAGAAGCUCUUUUUAACUGAUAAACAAGGUAUUAUUAAAGAUUCAUUUGAAGUAUGUUUUAUUGCAGCUUAAAAUGCACUUUGAAAUUGAUUUGUAAAAAUGUAUACAUUCGCGUCAAUUGUAAAUAGGUAAAGUGCUUCUAAAAGGCAUGUAGGGAAGCUUUUUUUCUGCCCUUGGGUAAGCCUUUAGAAUGGCUUCACUUAAAAAGGCCACCUACCUAAAUUAUUUUCUGGGUUCUUAAUGAUAGUACGUCUCAAUUAGAGAUUUUAUUGCAAAUCAUGAACAGGAUUCACUGUAUGCAAAUAUGUUACCCUGUGGUAUAUUAGCAAAAGGUCGAGUAUCCAGUACUUCUGAUUCCUACCUUUAAAAAAUAUAUAUUGUGGCCAUUG